UUGUGCCUACUUCCAGCCACGAAUGACUACGAGAAAGCUCUAUCUUAUCAGUAUCUCGAAUGGAAACAGAAAUUUACUGGCUCCAUCGGUAAUAAAGCAAAUCAAACAGGUCAUCUCAUGCCCUUUCUUUUUUGGCUACAGAAUCCCAUGAAUUUCGAUGGCGCCGUCGUUCUCGCUCCCAUGGUUCGUGUCUCCACACAUCCUAUGCGUUUACUCGCUCUCCGCUACGGCGCUACAUAUGUUUAUACCGAAGAGAUAAUUGAUUACAAGCUUCUCACAACAACUCGUAUUGAAAACAAAAAACUGGGAACCAUCGACUACGUUUGCGAUGACGGUUCGAUUGUGUUUCGUACAUCGCCCGAGGAGAAGGACAAAGUCAUACUUCAGCUGGGCACUGCGGAUUCUACUCGAGCCUUAGUAGCUGCACAAAAAGUUCAAGAUGAUGUUGCUGCGAUCGAUGUAAAUAUGGGCUGCCCCAAGCAGUACUCUAUCAAAGGUGGCAUGGGCGCUGCUCUUUUGCGCACUCCUGAGAAGAUAAAAGCUAUUCUGACCGAGCUUGUCCAAUCCCUCCGUGUUCCCGUGACUUGCAAGAUAAGGAUCCUCAGCACAAUGGAGGAAACUUUGUCAGUGGUGCGUCUUAUUGAAUCAACAGGCGUGGCUGCGAUUGCGGUUCAUGGACGUACUCGCGAAGAGCGUCCGCGCGACGCCAAUCACAACGACGUCAUCCGCGCCAUCGCCCAGGCUGUGAAAAUUCCGAUCCUUGCAAACGGUGGCUCAAGGGAUACAAUUCGCUUGCACGAAGACAUUGAAUUCUUCCGUCAGGCGACAGGAGCAUCGGGUGUAAUGAUUGCCCGUGCGGCUAUGUGGAAUCCUGCCAUUUUUGCACCACCACCACCCGACGCACCUCCGCCCUCCGAUAUGCGACUCGUUUGUGAGUACCUUGAACUCGCAGUGAAAUAUGAUCAUAACAUCAUUGGAACAAAGCAGUGUAUUCAACGUAUGUUCAGUGAAAAGACCAGCUGGCCGGAAUACGUGAAGACAGGAUCCGUUGAAACAAUGGCCGAGCUGUGGUAG